CUUUACUCUCGAAGACUGGAACCUAUUAAAACAGUGAACAGUCUUCGCUACUGUCAUCGAACCAUCUGUGAGAGAAGAAAAGUAUGCCGGCGACUGCAACGAUAAUUGGAGCCCUGCUGGGAUUGGGGACCCAGAUGUACUCCAAUGCCCUCCGCAAACUCCCUUACAUGCGCCAUCCGUGGGAACAUUUGCUGGGGAUGGGAUUGGGAGUUGUGCUUGCUAAUCAGAUGGUGAAGUGGGACGCCAAAGCCCAAGAAGACCUCGAUAAGCUCCUUGCUAAAGCUAAGGAAGCUAACGAGCGCCGUUACUUUGAUGAUGAUGAAGAUUAGAGCUCAUCAAUUUGGAGAGCUCACGAGCUGUGGACAGCCGUAUAAUGCACUGUAGACAUUCUUAGCUUGUUCUCUGUUUGUAAUGGUCUUCUUCUUCUCCUUUUAGUUUAUACUUGCAGCAUUAAUGCUUUUGAAAUGCUGUCAUAUUCUGAAUUUUCUUAUGCAAGAGUUUCAUCAUCAAUAAUAUACUGUAAAGUUCCCUGGCUGCAAAUCCAUUGAAUGAGAAGGAACGACUCUUUUGUUAUGAUUGAUUACUUAGGAAUUGAAUUUGUUAUCUGCAUGUAAAAUAUGAUCAUUUA